UAAAACAGUUAGUUUAAAAUCCUCACAUGUCAGUUUCAACAUCUGAUUCAUCUCAGGGCCAGACUCAAGAAAAUAUACAUUUUCUUGAUUUUUCAUAUAUCAGUAAUUUUGAAUCAUAUCUUGGACUUUAUGAAUGAUAAGUGGUGGAGGUUCUGGAUUCUAUUAUUUUUCUAUGAUGAGUGUUAUUUCCUUUGUAUUAGUAGGUAAUUUUCUGGACUAGAUUUCAACUGCAAACUCUGCUUCUUGGGGGACAGCUCUAGUCUCAGAUCUUUUGUUUUUAAGCAAACUGCUGUGAUUCUGUUUCAGGUGGUUCAAGACCCCUCAGAGAUAUGAGCAGACAGUGUUUGGGGAUCACCUCUCUGGCUCAUUCCCUUCUGGCAUUUCCCAUUCUCUUCAGCAUUCAAAGUUUCCUGGAUUCGCUUUCUGGUUUCCCCAGAUAAGAAAAACUGAGAUGUUUUUUAGCUGCGCUCCUGCUUCUGCUGAGCCUCCCUCCUGGACCACACUAAGCCUCAUGCGAAAUGCCAAGGAAAGGGGAACUUACUUGUACUGUUCCUCAUCUGUCCUUCUCCAAGCAAGCUUGCCCUUCCUACCAGAGUCAGCCUGCCUCUGUUAGCAUUCUCGUAUAUUCAGGUCACAUGCUGGUUUGCAUCCUGCUUUUCUGACCACUCAUUCAACAAGUCAUGUCUUGCUCCUCAAAUCCUGAAAGGGAUUGGACCCAAUGCUGAAGGCAAAGAGGCUUUAAGUAUCCCCCCUUUCUCAACAGAAAUGCAAACAGCACUGAUGUGAAGGAGAGUUAAGGGCUUCUGGGCUCGGAGUACUUUCGAACCUCCUUCAAGCUAGUAUCUGCCCAGAUUUGAAUAAACAGUGAGCGAAACUACAGUGCGUUCAAGCAGGUUCUAGCUACGUUUGUGAAAGUGAGGAGCCGAUCCAACUUUCCUCCCAUCAUCUGAGCCCUCCGGUGCAGAGGCGGCUGGCAGCGGGGAAGCGGAACCUGCGGCGCGCGGCUCGGCUUCUGGCCGGGCGCGGGGCGCGGUGCACCACGGGCGCGCAGCACAGCCGGGCAUGGAGGAGCGCGGCGACCCCGAGCCCACCCCGGGCUGCAGCGGUCUGGGCUCGGGCGGCGGCGGCGGCGCCCACUCAUGGGCCCCCGAGGACGCCUGGAUGGGCACUCACCCCAAGUAUUUAGAAAUGAUGGAAUUAGAUAUAGGAGAUGCCACCCAAGUUUAUAUAGCAUUCUUGGUUUACCUGGACCUCAUGGAGAGUAAAAGUUGGCAUGAAGUAAACUGUGUGGGAUUACCAGAUCUCCAGCUCAUCUGUCUUGUCGGUACUGAGAUAGAAGGAGAAGGGUUACAGACUGUGGUGCCCACAGCCAUCAGUGCUUCCCUCAGCCAUAACAGGAUAAGGGAGAUCUUGAAGGCAUCUCGAAAAUUGCAAGGUGAUCCAGACUUGCCGAUGUCUUUUACUUUGGCCAUAGUGGAGUCUGAUUCCACCAUAGUCUAUUAUAAACUAACUGAUGGAUUUAUGCUGCCAGACCCUCAGAAUAUUUCUCUUAGAAGAUGACACCUAUACUUCCCGAUGCUUACUUUGUUCAUUCAAGAGUGGAUUUGAGACCCAUCAGCCUGCUUCGUCUUUUAUCUCAGAGAUAGUCAGGGUUGACUCAGCUGGUCAUAAUCCAUAAGUUUUCUUUUUGAAGAAUAAAAUUUUCCCAGAUAGAAGAAUGUUUUUUUGUUAAGAAGUGUAGGGUAGUUACUCUAGAACUUUCUUAUCUGGAGACAGAUUAAUUACAGUUGUAUACAAGUUUAUGCCUAGGAUGUGUUCCAAGGGAUGGAGUACGUGUGUUUCUUCUGUCAUCCCGCACCCACAGCUGCCUCGUUGUUCACUGCUGCCACUACUAGACUGUUGAGACUGCCACCGCCUUCCCUUACUCAGCCCUCCCGGGGCAUUAUGGCCACUACGGCGAGCCUGGAAUGGCAUGGCAUACACCUUGACACCUGCAGAGUUUACUUCAGUCUGCUUUUUCAGCCCCAGUAGAAAGUAAAAGUUUUCUUUCAAUUGGUUUUCAUGUUCCAAUUACUGUUACUUCCCUUUUUGGUUAACUUUAAAUCAAAACUAAAAAUAUGCUCAUCCAGAGUGUAAAAUUACAUGUCUAGAUUAAUAGGGACCAGAGAAGUGCUACCUACAGGAGUACAGGGCCAUCCUUUCCAUUCUUAUUACCACCACCCUUAUUAUAGCAUAGCUAGAAUGUUACAAGAGAGACAGUGGUGGACAGUGUCAGCCUUGAAAACAUCUUUAUUAAGUAGACUCAGUUAUUCUGCUUUUGUUAAUACUUCCCAAUUAAGUUGCCUAAAGUACAAAAAAUUAUAUGCACAAAGAUGUUCCAAGUGGCAUUACUUGUAAUAGCCCAAAUUAUAAAUCGCUUAAAAGUUUAAGUCAGGAAUCAGCAAACUUUUUCUCUAAAGGGCCAGAAAGGAAAUAUUUUAGGCUUUGCAGGCCCUAGUCUCUCUCACAGCUUCUGGACUCUGCAGUUGGUAGUAUAAAAAUAACCACAUAAACAAAUGGGCGUGGCUGUGUUCCAAUAAAACUUUACUUCCAAAUGCAGAGCCAUAGUUUGCCAACCCCUGGUCUGGGGAAGUAGUCAGUAAACAGAUAUAUAUAGCCAAUGAAUGGUACAUUAUGUACUCAUUAAAAAUUAGUAAUGAAUAUAAUGAGAAACAUGAGAAAAUAUUUGGUAAAAAGGCAAGGUACAAAAGUGUUUGAAUGGGUAUGAUCAUAGCUGUAAAUAACACACCAAGCAUAUAAAUAAAAAGAUGACAAACUACUGUAGUUAUAAUAGGAUGGCAGGGCAGUAAAUGGAUGACUUUGUCUUUCUUCAAUAUUUCAGUUUUUGUUUAUUUGUAUUACUUUUAUAAUAAAAGUGUUUUAAAAUAAAGUGUCUUGAAAUCUA